AUGUGGACGGACUCAGCAACAGUCAUCAGUUGGUUGAAUUCCGAAAACCGAAAGUACACUCAAUUCGUUGCACAUCGGGUGGGAGAAAUUCUGGAAAGUACAGAUGUGAACGAAUGGAGGUGGAUACCCACCAAUGAGAACGUAGCAGAUGAAGCAACGAAAUUGACAAAAACACCGAAUUUCGAGCCGACUAACCGCUGGUUCCAUGGGCCAGAUUUUCUCCGUCUAAGUGAAGAUAAAUGGCCAGAGAAGAAACCGAUCAAAAUCGACAUCGAGGAGGAAAUGAAAGCGAAUUUUCUUCAUUCAAGUCUGGUGUUACCUAAGAUCAUCGAUCCAGAUCGUUUCUCGAAUUAUAAUCGGAUGAUCCGAUCACUCGCGUACGCAAUCAGAUUCAUCAACCUGUUCACCGGCAAAGCAAAAAAAGGUGAACCGUUAAAACAAGAAGAGCUGCGCAAAGCAGAAAAUUUGAUAAUUCGUCAAGCACAAUUCGAAGGAUAUCCGACGGAAAUGGUAACUCUCCUGAGAAAUGAAAUUCUUCCAAUCGAACAACAAAAGUGUAUCGAAAAGCCAAGUCUGUUAUAUGAAAGCACACCAUUCUUAGAUGCCGAUAAAAUUCUACGUAUGAAAGAGCGAAUUGAUGGCGCGCGAGAAUUAUCAAUGGAUACGAAACGUCCAAUUGCCUUACCUAAGAAUGGAAGAAUUACCGAGCUACUGCUGACCGAAUAUCACUCCAAAUUUUUCCAUCAAAAUCAUGAAACAGUCGUGAACGAAGUACGACAGAAAUUCUACAUUCCUCGUUUACGAGAGGUGCUAAAAAGAAUCCGGAAAAAUUGUCAAAGUUGCAAGAUCAAGAAGGCUCAUCCUAUUCCACCACAAAUGGCGGAUUUACCACAAGCAAGAUUGGCGACAAGAUUCAUUCCGUUCUCAUUUGUCGGAAUUGAUUUUUUUGGUCCGAUUUAUGUGUCAGUUGGACGUCGCAGAGAGAAGAGGUGGGGUGUGCUAUUCACAUGCCUCACUAUAAGAGCAGUACAUAUCGAAAUAGCGUCAGGAUUGGAUACGAACUCGUGUAUACUGUGCAUUCAAACCUUCGUUGCUGAUCGAGGACCAGUUGUCGAAUUCCACAGUGAUUGGGGUACGAAUUUCAAAGGAAGCAAUAACGAACUCCAAGAAGAAAUCAAGAAAAUCGACUUUGAACGAUUGCAAACCGAAUUCACAUCAACGUACACAAAAUGGAUAUUCAAUCCGCCAGCGUCGCCACAUAUGGGUGGGAGUUGGGAAAGACUGAUACGCUCUGUCAAGUCAUCAAUUAAUGAAAUCAUGCCAACUCGCACACCGAAGGAAGACAUGUUACGCAAUCUGAUGAAGCAAGUGCAGAACGUCAUCAACUCAAGGCCGUUGACAUUUAUUCCAUUGGAUGUGGAGGAAGACGAAGCAUUGACUCCCAACCACUUCAUUAGACUUUCGUCGAACGGUCUAAAGCCACCAUGUGAGAUCGAAUUGGACGGUGCAUAUUUGAGAAGAAGCUGGAAAGAAUCUCAACGGUUGACCGAAUUGUUUUGGAAACGUUUCAUCAGAGAAUAUCUACCGUCAAUAACUCGACGAACUAAAUGGCAUCAGAAGGUGGCACCGUUGAAAGUUGGCGAUUUGGUUUUGAUAGUCGACGAGAAUAACCCGAGAAACACAUAUCCUAAGGCAAAGAUUAUCCAAACCGUCGUCGGGUCAAACAAUCAGGUACGUCGAGCAAAAGUGGAAUUGAUUGCGGGUACGAAGUCUACCUCCGACGGGAAAAUUUACGAGGUGAAGAAAGGAAAUUUAUGGAGAUCUGCUCACAAGCUAGCACUGCUGGACGUCGAGACAAAGAAUGGUUUAGCUUCUCCCAAAUUGGAUAGCGAAACGGGUGGGAGUGUUAAAACGACUACCAGCACUGAUCUCACCACGGAACGAAGUAUGACAGUUGUCAAGAAAAGAGCAAAUGCAAAUGGUCGAUACAAUUUGCGAAUCAAAUAA